AUGGACAGAUACACGAGAUGGCCCGAAGCAGUUCCAGUAAAAGACACGACAGCGGAAACAAUAGCAAAUACCUUCUACUCAGUAUGGAUUGCAAGAUUCGGUGCACCGGCUACCACAGAUAGAGGUGUACAAUUCGAGUCACAGAUAUUUGAAGCACUGAACAACCUAUUCGGAAUCAAUCGCAUACGCACAACCGCGUAUCACCCACAAAGCAACGGGAUGAUUGAGAGAUGGCAUAGAUCCCUAAAAACAGCCAUCAAGUGUCACGAAUUCCAGGAAUGGACGAAUGUACUACCAACAGUUUUACUGGGUCUACGCACAGACAUAAAAGAGGAUAUAAGCGCUUCAGCCGCCGACAUGGUGUACGGCACAACACUCAGACUACCCGGAGAUAUAUUUCUGGAGGAGCAAACGCCAAUCAAACAGACAACCUUUCUCAAAGGAUUCCAACAGGCAAUGCAAAUGAUGAAACCUAGAAGCACAGCACAUCACGCAAGGACUAAGGUAUUUAUCCAUCCGGAUUUACUUACUUGCACUCAUGUUUUUGUUAGAGCCGAUGACCAAAAAAGUCAAUUGUCACCCGCCUACGAGGGACCAUUCCAAGUAAUAGAGAGACUGUCCAACAAAGUUUAUCGAAUCAAAGUCAACGCCAGGAAUCAAACGAUUUCUACCCAAAGGCUCAAACCGGCGUACCUAGAGGAUACCCCAGAGCAACCAACGCCACAAGGAACAGCGCAAAUACAAACAACGCCAGAAGCCAACCGGGAACCAGAGCAGACAAAGCCACCAAGAGUUUACCCGGGAAAGAAAACUGUACGAUUCGCUCCUCAACCUACGGUCAGUCGCUAG